UACAAGUGGAAACGGCCAAUAUCGAUGUCAUCAUUCGCACGGUUUCAAACAGUUGUCAAGAUUAAAUACUUCCCACAAUAUAUAUUUCGUAACGUUUCUAAUCCAGCACCAGCUUUACCAGCUGCAGACUCCAAGAUGGCGAUGAAGACGCUACACCCCAUCCAGCAUAAGCUGACUCGCACCACGCACCACUCGGUGCGCUUCACUAGCGACGGACUGCCCAAAUACAAGACUCUCGACUCUUCAGACUCCAGCCCUCCUAUUUUCGCGCCGAGCUCGUACCCCAACCACGACUCGGGUGCGCCGAGCCCGGAGUUUCCUGCCAGCUUCCAGCCGGCCGCACAUCGCUUGCGACAUAAUGAGCAGCGCAUUAAACUGCUAAAUCAAAUAAACACAAUCGUGCAGCAGCGAGCAGAACUUGAGUCUAACAGACUCACACUCUCCACGCUUCUAGACGAACUAAGAAGGAAGCUGAAGAGGCGGGUAGAAGAGUGCCAUCUUGAUAAGAAAGAAAAGUUGAAGGCGUUAAAACAAUCAAACUUGCGCUUAGAAAAGGAAAAACUGGGUCUCACCGCAGAGAUAGAGCACGUGAAGCGCCAUCUGUUGAAAGAGGAGGCGCACCACGUGCAGCACGCUAGGACCGCGGUCGCGCAGGCGAUCCAAGGUGUGACAAAGGCGGGGACCUCUGAUAGCCUCUUCAGUACGUGUUCGGUGUCCGAGCUACCCAACCUCGUCAGCAGAAACGUGGCUAAAAAUGCUCCCUCCCGUGCUGCUGACAGCAAAUUAGCGGCUGCAAGAUUGAUGCGAGACAUCGCAGAACUUCGGCAGCGCGUCGCACAGGUUGAAAUCCGGCUUGCUAACGAGCAGAAGCGCAAGCGGCAAGCGGAGCAGGACAUCAUGCGCCUACGCAAGGAACUAUCCAACACGAAGAGCUGUAUCGCCUCGCUGCGACUCGCGCCACCACCGCUGCGUAAACAGUGCUCCAAGUUUGCAUAG